AAUUCACCAAAAUUAUGUAUAGAACGUUUAGUGUUUCUAGUGAAUGUUAUAUUGCGUAGAGUUAAAAUGGAGCAUUUUAAACGUGAAGUAUAAUAAUUGCUGAUUAUAUGCUUAUAGACAAUAAAAAAUACUUUACUACAAAACGUAAAUAAACGCUCUUUGAACAAGUGCACACAUCAAAUCUUGUCUGCUUUAUUUCGUACAGAAAUAAUUAAGCUUUGAAAAUGAAACGGCAGAACGUACGCACUUUGUCUCUUGUAGUAUGUACCUUCACUUACUUGUUAAUUGGAGCUGCUGUGUUUGACGCUUUGGAAUCUGAUACAGAGAGUAAAAGAUGGGAAAUCUUAUCAGAUAUGAAGAAUGGUUUGGUACGUAAAUACAAUAUAACUCCAGAGGAUUAUCACAUGAUUGAGAUAGUGAUUAUAGAGAAUAAACCCCACAAAGCAGGUCCUCAAUGGAAGUUUGCCGGAGCUUUCUAUUUUGCUACUGUGGUGCUGGCAAUGAUUGGGUAUGGGCAUUCAACACCUGUAACUGUUGGUGGGAAAGCAUUUUGUAUGGCAUAUGCAAUGGUAUGUAUUCUUUGCAAAUAACACUAUUAUACCUGUACAAAUUAAUCUGGAGAUAGUGAAAGUAAAAUUUUAAAUAUUUUGAUAAGGAUUUGUUGUUGAAAUAGUUAAGAUGCUGUUCAUAGCUACUUUUGUGAGUAAUGACCUCAGAUUUAAAUGCUAAAUGUUAUGUAAUAUAUCAAUUUUUAAAAUUUUCAUUACGUAGUGCCUAAGCUUUGGCUUCUGAGCUGCUGGUUUAAUUCUCGCAUGGAACAAGUGUUUGCAUCAUCAUCAUAAUUACAGCCUUUCAUAAGUCCACUGCUGAAUAUAGGACUCCCCCAAGGAAUGCCACAAAGCACGGUCCUGAGCCACCUGCAACCAUCGACUUCCUGCAUGUCUUAUCAGGUCAUCACUCCAUCUCGUGGGGGGUCGCCCUACACUUCGCCUACCGGUACAAGGCUGCCACUCAAGAACCUUUCUUCUCCAUCGGUUGUCGGUUCUUCAAGCUAUAUGGCCGGCCCACUGCCACUUCAGCUUACUAAUCUGUUGGGCUAUGUCGGUUACUCUGGUUCUACUGCGGAUAUACUCAUUUCUAAGUUUAUCACGCAGAGAAACCCCGAGCAUAGCCCUCUCCAUAGCUUGCUGAGCGACUUUGAGCUUCCUCAUACGGCCAGCAGUGAAGGACCACAUCUCAGAUCCGUAAGUCAUCACUGGCAAUACGCACUGGUUGUACAAUUUCGUUUUAAGAUUUUGAGGUAUGUCGGACAAGAAGAUAUGUCGUAGUUUCCCGAACGCUGCCCAGCGGAGUUGAAUCCGUCGAAAUUGGACCUCUCGGUCGAAAUUGGACUUACCUAGUCGGACUAUUUGUCCCAGGUAAAAAUACUCGUCAACAAUCUCGAGCUUAGUGCUCCCAACAACUACCGGCAUAGGUGUGACAUGGACAUUGAACAUGAUCUUUGUUUUGUCCAUGUUCAUCCUAAGACCUAUUCGUUGGGAGACACUAUUGAGGUCAUUGAGCAUGGUGCUUACGUCCUCCAGCGUUUCUGCCAUAAGGACUAUAUCGUCGGCAAAUCGAAGGUGAGUGAUGUACUCGCCAUUGAUGUUAAUACCGUAUCUUUUCCAGUCCAGAAGCAUGAAAACGUCUUCCAAUGCAGCGGUGAAGAGUUUCGGGGAUAUAACAUCACCCUGUCUUACACCUCUCUGCAAUUGGAUAGGUUUCGUACUCUGGUUCUGUACUCGGAUAGCCAUCGUAGCUCUACUGUACAAACACUUCAGCACUUCGAUAUACCGAUACGCCUCCGGUGUAAUGCCACCAUGGAGGACGGAAUUAAAGAGCUUCUGAAGGACUUCAAGUACCGGUCUUCCACCCGCUUUCAGAAGCUCCGCUGUAAUUCCAUCCUCGCCUGGGGCCUUGCCGUUUUUAAGGUGCUGGAGAGCCAAUCUAAUCUCGCUCAGACUGACGUCCGGGAUAUCUUCGGAAUAGUGUCGGAUAAGACUCGCUCUUGGAUCGUUACUUACACUUGCGUGUGGCUCCAACGAUGACGUGUACAGCUGCCCAUAGAGCCUCUCAAUCUCACUCAAAAUUUCAGCUGCCCCGGAAACGAUGCUGCCACACUCGGUCUUCAGCUUUGACAGUUGGCUCUUUCUGGCAGACAGAUCUCUAGCAAAGACUUUGGAACCGUGGUUCCACUCAAUAGCUUCUUCAAUACAAGCUGUAUUGAAGUUGCGUAAGUCCCGCCGCAUGCAUUUGGAGAUCUGUCUGUUCAGUUGCCUGUAUGCUGUCAAAUCUGUUGAAGAAUGUAGCUUCAUCUCCCGUCUAACAGCCAUGAGAUUGAGAGUGUGAUUGGAGAGUUUUUGUGUUCUUCUGCGGCGGGUCUUGCAGAACUUAGCUUCGACCGCAUGGAUAGUUUCCAUGAGCUUGUCAUUCAUGUUUGCGUAACCUACAAUUAAUUUUCAAUUUCUGAUAAUUUCAUGAUUAAAAAAAAGAGUUAUUUUUAUUGCAUCAGAAUUUAAUUCUUUCUAAGCAUCUUGACUAUCUUAUAAUAUAACGAAAGAUAUGUAAAAUUUUAGAUCAGCAAAUAAAUGGUACUUAUAAUGGCAAAUAUUGUUGAAAAAAAAAGUAUGUAGUAGAGCCAUGCUGCAGCUAUAUUAUGGUUGCAGCACAAAUUGGUCGGCUCGACUGGGGUUAAAUGCUACUGUGUUUGGUAUGGUGAGUGUAAAGAGCCAGAGACUCUUUUUACUGUAUACAAGUCAUUCCAUCUUAGUUCUCAGGGGUGAAAACGCGUCUGCGUUUUGAUUCUUAAUCAAGGAUAAAUAUAGAUGUCUAGAUAGAUACAAAAUCAAUUGGUGAAUACUCUCAUUUUAGAUGUUUUCAAAUAAAUUGGCAAUUUUGUGGUAGACAUCUGGUAAAACAAAUGACCAAAUAAAUAAUUUUGUUACCGCGCCAUCUACGCGGUUUACCAAGUACUACAUCUAUCUGCGAAGCCGACGUAGUUCUCUGCGAAUUUAUUCGAUGGCGCUACUGUUAUUAAUGCCGCAUAGGUCCCAUACAUUAGUUGACAAGGCCUGGUAGAGAACCGGAGACCCUUUUUACUGGAAAAGAGGCAUUCCAUCUUAGUCCUCACGGGUGACAACGCAUCUAUAUUUUGAUUCGCAAACGAGGAUAGAUAUAGAUAUCUAUGGGCCAUAGCAACCACUUACCAUCAGGUGGACUGUGCGCUCCUUUGUCACUCUUAUUCUAUAAAAAAAAAUCCUGAUUUUAUACUAUUGGCAAAAUCACCCUUGAAUUUUAGUUUUUAACACAUUUGUCUUUCAGGUGGGAAUCCCUUUGGGGUUAGUGAUGUUCCAGAGCAUAGGCGAGCGACUCAACAAAUUUGCUUCAGUGGUGAUCAGACGCGCCAAGUGCUAUCUUCGUUGCAAAACAACUGAGGCAACAGAAAUGAAUUUAAUGUUUGCGACAGGAAUGUUAUCAUCAAUUAUUAUUACCACAGGUAAAACCAUGAAUGUGAAAAAGAAUCAUUUUAGUGAUAAAAUUGCAAAUCUAUAGCAAGGGAAAACAAUUAUAAUUAUAAAUUGCUAUUAUCCUCAUUAUUCUAUUGUUAAGAGGAUGUCCGGGCGAUGCUUAAUUCGUACUAAAAUCUUGCUCUGUUGACACUACAACAAAAAAGUUUUUACGAAAUAGUCCAUUUCUACCAGUGCCAUGUUUUAUUUUUUUUCAUAAAUUAAUUAUCUUAUACACUAGUAACCCUAACCAUCUAAAAUUACUGAAAUUGUACAGCAAAUCUGCCAAUAUCAGACAUCCAGGAAAGAAAUUUAACAUAAAAAUAAAAAACAUAUAGACAGCCACAAACAUGCUUAUGUUGAUCUUG